UGGAAUGAGUAAAACUUCUUAAGAGGUAUAAAAGGUCAGCUGCCCUGUCCGGCAGGUGCUCUGCUGACAGCAACCUUCCUCCUACAGCUCGGCUUCCCACACAGACCUUAGGAAAAGAGAAGAGUAACCAAGAAAAAACUGUCCACAAUGCCACAAAACGUUAUUCUCCAAGGACCGUCACCCUGGGGAUUCAGGCUCUCAGGAGGAAUAGAUUUUAACCAACCCUUAAUCAUAACCAGGAUUACACCUGGAAGCAAGGCUUCAGCUGCCAACCUGUGCCCUGGUGAUGUUAUUAUAGCUAUUGAUGGUCUAGGCACAGAGAACAUGACACAUAAUGAUGCCCAGGAGAGAAUUAAAGCAGCUACACAUCAGCUUUGUUUGAAAAUAGAGAGGGCAGGAACUAAAUUAUGGUCCCCACAAGUUUCAGAAGAUGGCAGAGCACAUCCCUUCAAGAUAAAUUUAGAAGCUGAACCACAGGAUAUGAACUACUUUGAACACAAGCACAAUAUUCGGCCCAAACCUUUCAUAAUCUCAGGCCGAAGCAGCGGAUGCAGCACUCCUUCGGGGAUGGACUGUGGCAGUGGACGCAGUACCCCCUCUUCAAUUAGCACGGUUAGCUCUAUCUGCCCCACCGAGCUGAAGGCAGUGUCUAAGAUGGCCCCUAACAUUCCCUUGGAAAUGGAGCUUCCUGGUGUCAAGAUUGUACACGCUCAGUUUAACACACCCAUGCAGUUGUACUCAGAUGACAAUAUCAUGGAAACACUGCAAGGCCAAGUUUCUACAGCUCUGGGGGAAUCACCUGUCAUAAGUGACCAAUCUUCCAACUCAGUGACUCAAUCUGACGUGUACAAGAUGCUCCAUGCCAACCAGGAGGAGCCCAGUCAGCCGCGCCAGUCUGGCUCCUUUAAGGUGCUCCAGAAUUUAGUCUCCGAGGAAGAUGGGCGCCCCGUGGGCACAAGAAGUGUGAAAGCCCCUGUAACAAAGGCACCUACUGCCAUGCCUGGUGUCCAGAAAGUGCCACUGUGUGACAAGUGCGGGAAUGGGAUUCUAGGAACAGUGGUGAAGGCACGUGAUAAAUACCGGCACCCAGAAUGUUUUGUGUGCUCUGACUGCAACCUCAACCUGAAACAAAAAGGUUACUUCUUUGUGGAGGGCCAGCUGUACUGUGAAGCUCAUGCACGAGCUCGGAUGAGGCCACCAGAGGGAUACGAAACAGUCACCGUUUACCCAAAAUGCUAGUCUUAGGCUGACACACAGAUAUAUGCAUGCACACAAAAAGCCAUUUCCAGCUUAGAAACUGCAGUACCAGUGUCAGGACUUCUGCCUAAAUCCAAAGUAGCAGCUUUUAAACCUUCCCUUGGGGGAUUCUGGGGGAGGUGGAAGUCUGUAUUAGCCAGCAGUAGCAUACUAUACCAGCAACAUUCUGCUAAAAUAUUGUCUUUGAAGUUGUCAAUGUAAGUCAAGGAAGUAUAAAAUGAAACAGCUGUCCUGGAAUACAAAAAGUGAAACAGCUGAGGUAUUACAUGAAUGCUACAACAGAUAAUAAGCACUGUAAACAAGGCAUUAUUUCUAACAUAAAUUAAGUAUCUAUGCAAACACCAACACCAUCAAAGUCUUACAGUCUACAAAUGUAGAGGCUUGACAGGUCACUUAAAAAGCAGCUAUUUUACAUGGAUAGUACGAAACAAGCAGUUGUUCAUGUCUGCUUCAGCUAUCUAUUAUUCAACCAGCAUUAAUGUGCACCCCAAAUAGGUUUUGCUUACUUUGCUUUUAAUUUGGGGUUAUAUUGCCUUAAUUUUCUGCUGCAGCAACUGUGAUGAAGAAUAAAUGUCAAGUCACAUAAUAAAAUGGCUAGUAUAAUAAAGACUGGUUAACAUGAAGCAAAACAAAA